UUUACCCAGCGCUCUAGCUGCCACUUUGCUUUAAGAGAUUAUAAGUGAAUAAUGUGCUCUUACGAGUGAACUAAACCUAUCCAACCUGUUUAGAAAAUGACCAGGCUGUCAGUCCAGCGCAAGCUGUGGGAGCGAGGGAGCAAAGGUAGAGAAUGAUGUAAUGCGCUGGCUGCCCCAAAGCAUCUUUUGUUGUGGAAUGGUUAUUCCAGCCAUCUCUCUAUGAAUCAGAUGUGAGGGGCUGCUUUGUGGAAGGAGUUCCUUGCAAGAGCACAUCAACGGGAAGAGAAAGAGACAUUCAGUUGGAGGGCUCUUGCUGAAAAUGGGUUUAACUCUCCUUUUGCCAGUCACCACCAGCCUGACCUCAUACAUUUUUAGUACAAUGGAGUGGCUGAGCCUUUGAGCACACCACCAUUACAUCAUCGUGGCAAAUUAAAGGAAGAGGUGGAAAAAGAGGACUGAUUGUUGUCAUGGCCCAUGAGAUGAUUGGAACUCAAAUUGUUACUGAGAGGUUGGUGGCUCUGCUGGAAAGUGGAACAGAAAAAGUGCUGCUAAUUGACAGCCGGCCAUUUGUGGAAUACAAUACAUCCCACAUUUUAGAAGCCAUUAAUAUUAACUGCUCCAAGCUUAUGAAGCGGAGGUUGCAACAGGACAAAGUGUUAAUUACAGAACUUAUCCAGCAUUCAGCAAAACAUAAGGUUGAUAUUGAUUGCAAUCAGAAGGUGGUAGUUUAUGAUCAGAGCUCCCAAGAUGUUGCCUCACUGUCGUCGGACUGCUUUCUCACUGUACUGCUGGGCAAACUGGAGAAGAGUUUCAGCUCUGUCCACCUGCUUGCAGGUGGGUUUGCUGAGUUCUCUCGUUGUUUCCCUGGCCUCUGUGAAGGAAAAUCUACUCUAGUCCCUACCUGCAUUUCUCAGCCUUGCUUACCUGUUGCCAACACUGGGCCAACCAGAAUUCUUCCCAAUCUUUAUCUUGGCUGCCAGCGAGAUGUCCUGAACAAGGAGCUGAUGCAACAGAAUGGGAUUGGUUAUGUGCUAAACGCCAGCAGUACCUGUCCAAAGCCUGACUUCAUCCCGGAGUCUCAUUUCCUGCGAGUGCCUGUGAAUGACAGCUUUUGUGAGAAAAUUUUGCCAUGGUUGGACAAAUCAGUGGAUUUCAUCGAGAAAGCAAAAGCCUCCAAUGGAUGUGUUCUAGUCCACUGCUUAGCUGGGAUCUCCCGCUCUGCCACCAUUGCUAUCGCCUACAUCAUGAAGAGGAUGGACAUGUCUCUAGACGAGGCUUACAGAUUUGUGAAAGAAAAAAGACCUACUAUAUCUCCAAACUUCAAUUUUCUGGGCCAACUCCUAGACUAUGAGAAGAAGAUCAAGAAGCAGACUGGAACGUCAGGGCCAAAGAGCAAACUCAAGCUGCUACACCUGGAAAAGUCAAAUGACCCUGUCCCUGUAGUCUCAGAAGAGGGACAUAACGAGAUGUCUCUCAAUCCACGCUGUGCCAACUCUGCUACCUCAGAGGCAGUAGGGCAAAAGCCUCUGCAUCCUGCCAGUGUGCCCAGCGUGCAGCCAUCACUGUUGGAGGACAGUCCACUGGUACAGGCACUCAAUGGGCUCCACCUGUCCUCAGACAAGCUGGAAGACAGCAAUAAGCUCAAGCGUUCCUUCUCUCUGGAUAUUAAGUCGGUUUCAUAUUCGGCCAGCAUGGCAGCAUCCUUACACGGCUUCUCAUCAGAAGAUGCUCUGGAAUACUACAAACCAUCCGCUGCCCUGGAUGGGACCAACAAGCUCUGCCAGUUCUCCCCAGUUCAGGAAGUGUCAGAGCAGACUCCGGAAACCACCCCAGAUAAGGAGGAAGCCCACAUCCCCAAGAAGGCACAGCCCGUCAGGCCUGUGGAGGGCCAGAGCAAGCGACUGCACACAGUAAGAACCAGCAGCAGCGGCGCCCCCCAGAGACCCCUCUUGGCUCCACUGCAGCGGAGUGGGAGCGUGGAGGACAAUUACCACACCAACUUCCUCUUUGGCCUUUCCACCAGCCAGCAGCACCUCACCAAGUCUGCUGUGGGGCUGGGCCUCAAGGGCUGGCACUCAGACAGCUUGUCUCCCCCAACCUCGAACCCCUCCUUGACCAACAGCUGGUAUUUUGCCACAGAGUGCUCUCACUUCUAUUCUGCUUCAGCCAUCUACGGAGGCAGUGCCAGCUACUCUGCCUACAGCUGCAGCCAGCUGCCCACUUGUAGUGACCAAGUCUACUCUGUGCGCAGGCGGCAGAAGCCUGGGGACAGGGCUGACUCUCGGCGGAGCUGGCAUGAAGAGAGUCCCUUUGAGAAGCAGUUUAAGCGCAGGAGCUGCCAGAUGGAAUUUGGUGAGAGCAUCAUGUCAGAGAACAGGUCUCGGGAAGAGCUGGGCAAGGUGGGGAGUCAGUCUAGCUUUUCAGGCAGCAUGGAAAUCAUUGAGGUCUCCUGAAGAGGACACUUGUGACUGUUGUUGCCAGUGUUUCCUAGUCACAAAAAAUGUUCCCUGUAAAUCUGAAAUAUGUAUGUGUAUAUACAUAUAUAUUUUUGGAAAAUGGAGCUCUGGUGUAAAAGCAAAAGAUGCAUCAACACAGUAGUUCUCUCCGUGUCUGCAUUUGGGAGACCAGCUGGUAUUUCAACAGAAGUGGAAGGGCGCAGGCCAGAACUCCCCACCCAGAGUACACAGUUCUGUUCAGGAAGUGCACCUCUUCUCAUUCCUAUAGAAACAAGCAUAUUUGGUUUUAGAGGACACAAUCCUCUAUCCCUGUCACGUCAUGCUGCAGAGAUCUCCAACACUCACUGACCUUUGUCCAGUCCCUUCCAUAGUGCACCUUAGUGCUGAGACUGAGCCAGCUGUGGGUCAAGUGCAUCCUCUUAGGGACUGAGCCUGAUUAAAAAAAAAAAAGGAUCCUAGCCAAAGCUGAUGGACGAGCCCAAGCUCAGCAGCCAGCCGAGUGAUGCGCACAGCAUUCUGCUGGACAGACCAUUAGGGGCCUUGCCCGGAUCUACUUUAGAACUAACCUAGUACCUCAGACAGGACAGUUGGGGCUUUCACCACUACCAUGUCUGGGAGCCCAUUUUCUAGGCAUUGUGAAUAGGUAGGUAGCGAGUUGAUUUUCAGAAUUCCAGGUAGGCCUCAAUCAAGUUCAUAUUUUUUCCCCUCUUCCCAGCUUUAAAAGAGAAAAGGGCAAUUACCUAGGAUUUAACUUAGCCAGGAACCUGGCAACAUAAUUUAAGCUAAAGUUGGGAGGCUAACCAUGUCUCUAACCUCCCUCUAUAAAUCAGAGUUGUUUUAAACGGGAUUGUUAAUGUAAUUGAAGAUUGACUUGGUUUCAA